AUGGAAAUCAUCUUGGAGGGAUGCCAGAGGAAGGAUCCUGGACAUGUCCAUGUGGUGGAAUCGAAGAGCCCAGCCUGCCCCAACCUGGGUCUCCAUGGGGGGACGGCUGUUGCCCUGGCCCUGUUGAUUUCGGCUUCGUUCAUCACUUUUUCUUGGAGCGUUCCUCAGGGUCACUUCCAAAGAAGAAACUGGACUCCACAGGCUAUGCUCUAUUUAAAGGGUGCACAGGGUCGUCGGUUCAUCUCGGAGGAGAGCCAGAGGAAGGAUCUUUACGACAGGUUGCAGCUAGAAACACGCAGCCAAAAUGUGAACCCUUUAACCCUUUCUGAAGCUGCGGCAUUGUUCCUUUCCUCCCUGCGAAAAGCGCAAGAUGACGCGGACGAAGAAGAACCCGAUGAGAAACCUGGAUAUGUUGCCGAUGGUCUAUUAAACUGGUGA